ACCAUGCUGAGGAGCCUGGAAUGGGCAAAGGGGAGGCUUCUACAUACUCAGGCAGCAGAUGAGAUAAUCCAUGAAGUGACAGAUUUUAUUCAGGAGAUUCAAACUUCUGAACCGAGAGCACAGGAAGACAGCACUGGAUAUCGACCUCCACUGAUUCGUAGUGGAUCCAGAGGCGCACCGUCUUAUGUCAUUACUCAUGAUCAACUGUCAUUUCUGUUGUCUUGCGGCUUCACUGUAACACAGAUUGCACAUAUUCUACACACCUCCAUAUCUACAGUCAAGCGACGUUUAAGGUGCUUCAAUCUGUUGCAGUCUGCCUCAUACUCAGACGUAUCUAAUGCAGACUUAGAUGAAAAGAUUAGGGAUCUAGUGGCUGGAAAUGACCAACUUGGACCAGAGGCAGUUCGAGCACAACUGAGGACAGAGGGAAUUCGGGUUCAGAGGUGCAGAGUGAGGAGCAGUAUGCAUCGUGUCAACCCAAGGGCUGCUGCUCUCAGAGCAAUGUCUCAGCGACUACGUAGAAGGUCCUACCGUGUCGCAGGACCUAAUUCUUUAUGGCAUCUUGAUGGAAAUCACAAACUAAUAAGAUGGAGGAUAGUAAUUCAUGGUGCCAUUGAUGGCUACAGUCGGCUUGUCACCUUUCUCCGUGCAUCUAACAACAAUCGCAGCAGCACUGUCAUGAACUGCUUCUUUGAUGCCAUUUCCAAAUAUGGAGUCCCUUCCAGAGUAAGAACUGACCAUGGUGGAGAGAACAAUGCAGUGUGCUUGUUCAUGAACCUGUUCAGAGGCACUGAACGAGGGAGUGCUCUUAGAGGAAGAAGUACACACAAUCAGAGGAUUGAAAGACUUUGGGUUGAUCUGUGGCGUGGGGUGUCAAAUGUGUACUAUGACCUUUUCCACUUUCUUGAGAGUGAGGGCAUUGUGGAUGUAGAUAAUGAAAUGCACAUGUGGGCUCUGCAAUAUGUCUACAUCCCAAGAAUUAACAAAGACUUGACAAAUUUUACACACCAGUGGAACAAUCAUGGUUUACGAACCGAGAGACACCAGUCACCUCUACAAAUCUUUGUCCGGGGUUGCCUGGCACAACAGAGGCUGCCAAGUACUGCAAUGCAGGAGAUAUUUGCAUCAAGACCCUCAGACUCCAUUGGAGGAGAGACUAAUCCAGCAGAGCUAGUUGGUGGUGGCAGUCAUUCUGUAUCAGGAGUGGUAUCUCAUGUGCAUUGGCUUGAACGAGUUACCGUACCUCCAAAUCAGUUCACUGUGACUGAUGAUGAGAUGCAACAACUCACAGAACAAAUUGAUCCACUUGGAGGUCCCCGGGAAAAUCUUGGAAUAAAUGUCCUUAAAGAUGUUCUUUCUUUUGUGGAAAACCUAAGAACGUAAAUUGACAUUUAAUAGUGUCACUAUUACUUGUUUGAAGUGUUUCACAUGGCAUGUGUCAAGUUCUGAUCGGUUUCUCC